CUCCCUCUCCACCUGCCUCUCUCCCGGCUUUAUUGAGACGUAGAGCACACAUAGUACUGUCCACUGUCCCAGUCAUUUCUGGUGACAUCGAGUGCACAAAGCUUGGCUUGUGCCCGCUCGAGCGCACAGGCCCCCGCCCCCACAGUCCCGCCGGCGCGUCCCGGGAUCCCCGGAGGCGGUGUCCGGCCUUUGUCCGGCCCUCCUCCACACGCACAGGAGCAUUCACUGUGCCCUCUCGUCCCCGGUUUCCUACAGAGGCUGUUCUGGUAAAGGUUGUGGCCACGUAGCAGCCUCAUGCCCAUUGCUGGGCACAAUUCCGGUCCUGCUUGUGGUGCGGGCGUCUUUCCCCCCGCUCUCCAGGUUGGACUCUGGGUUCACUCUGCCAUUGUCGUGGAGCUGCUGUGUACGUCCACGUUUUUGUUUUUUGUUUUUCCUUGCAGGGUUCUCACGGCUUACCGGGAUCGACCCUGUAGGGCGCGAAACUUAAGUUCAACCUUACAAGGAGGUGGCCGCACCCUUAUCUACAGUGGAGAAUUUCCCUCACAAGCUCGUCUUCUGGUGGCUGUAGGGAGGGUGACAACGGGGACAAGGAUGUCUGGGGCUGCACAUGAGAGGGAGGGUGGCAUUCUCGGGAGACUUCUGGCGACGUGGCCCCCGGAACUCCCCACCCAGUUUGCGGGGCUCGGCUUCGCCUCCUCGCGGGUCCCUGACGCCCCCUGGCGGUGAGCUCCGGGGCGGCUCCGCGGAGACCCGGCCUCCGUGUUUGGGUGGAGCCGAGCUGCUUCCUCCGCGCCUCCGGGGGACGCUCGGGCGCAUGCGCGCCCUCCAGCCCCGCGCUCCUGGGAGGUCUCUGGGAGGUUGGCAGCUGGAGGUGCUGAUUGGUGAGUUCCAAAGCCGGCGGAGUUGGCAGAUCCAAGGCCCCGCCCCCUCAACCAGACCCCGGAAGUGCCUGUCUACGGGAUAGACUGGUAGGCACUCAAAGGCCAGGCGCACCGCUCAUUGGACUUGGGCGGAGAAGGCGGGUCCCAGCGCAAGCCGUGAUUGGUCGCUGAUCCUGGCCUGGCCCGGGCGGGCGAUCCGAGAGUGCCCGGUGCUGGCUGGCUGCAUGGGGCGGCGGAGGCGCCGGGUGGAAGGGGCGGCCAAGGCCCUGCCUGAGGCUAUCGCUGCGCUGAGUCGGUCCCUGCCCGCUGGGCCCAGCCCCGAAAUCUUCCGCCGCGCAAAGUUUGACCGUCCAGAGGCGGCUCCAGUGCUCUGGCAGCUUCUCUUCCGAGUGCUCUCACCGCUUGCUGCAAACAGUGCCUUGACCGACCUUGCUCCAGAGGCCCAAGCCCAUGUGGUGAAGUCAGCACUGGGCUCCCAAGGCUACCCCAGGUCUGCGCUGGUACAGUUUCCUGCGGGCAGUUCUCAGGGAAGCCGGGAACUGCUGCUGGCCCUGGCCUGGCUCCUGGCACGAGGACCUUUGCUUGAGCAGCUGCUUGCCCAGACCCGGGUGCAGUUGGGGGAUCAGUUGCCCCAGUGUGAGUGUGAGGUCCUGGCCAGCCCUGGUCAUCCUGCACCCCAUGUGGAGACAGAGAGUCCUGUGGAUCUCCGACUAGUGGAAUGGCUGAUGGGAAAGCUGCGGUUUAGGUGGCGACGCCUGAUCUCCAGUCAGCAGGAGCAGUGUGCCCUCCUCAGCAAGAUCCACCUGUACACCCGUGGAUGUCACAGCCAACAGAGCCUUGGCCAUCUUUCUGUGGCUGAAACAGAGAUGCUUAGAGACCCAGAGGGCAGCCAGCAGCUUCUGCAGGCACUGGAGAUUGAGAACACACGCCUGGGGGCAGCUUUGGAGUGGCGGAGCUGUGAGCUGGUCUUCUGGCAGUGGAUGGAUACAGUUCUGGAUGCCUGUUCGUCGGAGAGUCCUGCUGUGACCUCACAGCCCACAGUCCUGCCCGCGAUCUCUGAACGUGGGCUUAGUGAGCUGGAGCUGGUAGAGCAAGAGUUGCAGGCCCUGCAGGAGGAGCUACAGGAAGUGGCUGAGGCCCGGCGGGCGGCAUGGGAAGCCCAGAUUGGAGGCCUAGGUCAGGGGCCAGAGUGGAGCACCACAAGGAAGGCCUUGCAGAAGGCUGUUGAACAGGAGUUGGUCGCCCUGCAGGGGUCCUGGGAGCCAUCCAGUAACCCUGUCCAGCCACAAAGACCCCAUCGACUGGUGAGAUGUAAGGAGGAGUCGCCAAGGCCCCAAGGCCUCCAGGCAGCCGAGGUGAUCAGGACACUGAGCGCCCAGGAGGCCUGUCUGACGAAGGUGCUGCGUCAGCUGCAGAGUCAGUGUCGGCAGGAGCUGGCCAGGAUGGCUAGUGCUCUGCCUGGAUUGAUUUGGAUUCUGGCUCCUGGACACUGAGGACCUCAAGAUGUGCCCACCUGUGUAGAGGGCUUUGUAGGGUCUCAGAGGAGCAGACUGGGGCUGGCAUGGGAGCAGAGGUCCAGGCCAUGUAUUCUUUCCAGGGCCAGAGCCCUUUUUGCCUACAGUUUCGGAGUCACCGUAGGCUGGUCCUCCUGAGACGUUUGGAGGGGACCUGUAGAUACAUGGUAGAGCUGUCUCUGGGGACACCAGGCUGCCGCCCUCUCCCACUGUCCCCUUACUUCCUCUUGGGACACUGGGAUGUAGGUGGUGCAUGGUUGGCACCGUGCUGGGAUCACACAUGCCCCACAGUGCAGGAAGUGUUGGGCCUCCCCUGGGUGGGACGGCCCUGGUUGUUUCCCUGCACCUCCUUCUUAGACUCUGGCUGGACGCCUCCUACAGCAGGGCCUCCUGUACUGGGCCGUGGCUGUGCCUGGUGUGAGUGUGGUGGGGAGCUGGAUGGGGGCCCUGGGGGCUCUGCCUGGGGGAGAGGGAAGCUGCAGUGUAGACAGAAAGCCCUUUGUUCUGGAGGCUGCCGGGCAAGCUCAGGUCUCACAAAGCGGCCUGUGUCCAGGAUGUGCCCACAGCCUGGUGGGAUGGCUCUCCUAGCCCAGGCUUCUCCCAGCCAGCGGGCUCAGGCUGGGUCCCGUGGUCUCUAGCCCUGCCUUCCUUCCUAUCCCCAGCUCCAAACUGACCAGACGCUGGACAGGUGGUUGGUCCCACUAGGCAACCUCUGGCCUCCUGGUAGCUCAGGCCUGAGGCCACCACCAGACUCUGGGCACCUUGGACACUCAACUAGAACGUUGUCACAGGGUUUUCCUGCUUGCCUAGUGUCGUGUGGUAAGAGUGACAGCUCAUGGCUGGGGUGACCGUUCUGGUGCAGGUGGCCUCUGGCCCUGGAGGCAGGAUACCAUGAUGGUUUUUCCCUGUUUCUAGUACACUUCUGGAGGACCAGUGUCUAACAGGUCCUUCCUAACUUUCGUGAUGGUAGCUCCUAGAGUCGCUGGACCCUCCUGCCUGCUGCCGGGCCUCUGCUGUGCCUUCUGGCCUUGAUUUGGGCUAUAAACAAGUCCACUUAAGCUUCCCGCCUCUGAAAACUGCCCUGCUAUAGGAUUUCCAGUGGCUCUUAGGAACUUGACCUUAAAAAAUCUAAAUGCAGCUGGGUGGUGGCGGUGAACGUCUUUAAUCCCAGCCCCUGGGAGGCAGAGGCAGAGGGAUCUCUGUGAGUUUGAGGCGAGUGUGGUCUACAGAGCGAGUUCCAGACAGCCAGGGCUACACAGAGAAGCCCUGUCUCAGGGGGAAAAAAAAUCCAAAUGCAGAUCAGUGCUCCCAGCUGCCACUGCUCUGUUUGUUCGGCAGAGUUAAUCAUUUCCAGUCAGAAUUCCAUGUACACGAAUGCAUUGUCUGUCUCUGUGGGACUCAAGGGUCUGAGGGCCAUGUCAAGGAAAGAGCCUGUUGGGGGCUCAACCAUGGGACCCAUCCUUGGUCAAGUUGUCAGACAUUGUCACUUGGGAAGGACUUCAGUGCCAGUUUUUCCACACAUAAGGGCUUGAAAUAGCUCACAUUGGUGCUCUCAUUGUUCUGUGUCCUGAGCUCCCACACAGUCAGAUAGGAAUAAAACCAAGUGUCAGUUGACCUCAUCCUUGGUGGACCCUGAAGUCCAAGGGCAAGCUCACAAAUUGAUGAUGUAUGGUGCUCCAGGGUCCUUACCGGCAGCCUAACAGAUUGGGUGUUAUGGGCCACCUGACUGACACUCUAUCCUCCCUGACUUUGAGGAAGCGUGGUCACAUUGUCCCUAACACCCCCAACCUGAUCCUGAGGUCAGGAAAAUCUAAUACUUGGCACAAACACUAAAGAUCUGGCCACCCAUGGGUACAUUGGAGGCCAGCAGGUGGACAGUGGGCCUUGCUCUGAAACCAGCGAGGACAUGCCAUCUGUUUCUUGGGUUCCCACCCAAGGGAACCUAAUAUGCAAAGACAACCCCCCCCCAAUUGCUUAAGGUCGUGGGGAAUACCAGAGGUGGUUUCCUGACACCAAAAUAUGCUGACUAUGAGGGGAAGUUUGGUAAUUUCAACUCUUAUCAAAGCUAGAAAUUUCUGUUUAUUAAAAGAUGAUAUAAUAGGA